AUGUUCGACGAGCCGGUCGUAUUCUUCAUCGAUGUUGUCGAGACGAUGGUCCGAUCCUGUGUAGAACUUCGGAACAACAGCGACGUCGGUCAGGCAAAAUCUCCGAUUGAAGAUGAUGUGGCCUAUUUCAUUAUGGAACUGUAG